AUUCAGGAGUAGGGAUCCAGGGGAAGCUGUACUGAGGAGGACUGCGUUCAAGCUAAAGCCACGGAGCUGAAAUGAGUUUCCUUGGAGGUCUGUUUGGUCCAGUGUGUGAAAUCGAUGUCAUUCUGAACGAUGCUGAAAGCAGAAAAACAGCCGAGCUGAAGACUGAGGAUGGGAAAUUGGAGAAGCAUUAUCUGUUUUAUGAUGGAGAAUCGGUUUCAGGAAAGGUAAAUAUCAAUGUGAAACAAACAGGCAAAAGACUUGAACAUCAGGGAAUUCGCAUUGAGUUUGUAGGACAAAUUGAGCUCUUCAGUGAUAAAAGCAAUACUCAUGAGUUUGUAAACCUUGUGAAGGAGCUCGCUCUGCCCGGAGAGCUGACACAGAACCGCAGCUAUGACUUUGAGUUCAUGCAGGUGGAAAAACCAUACGAGUCUUAUGUUGGAGCGAAUGUGCGAUUGAGGUAUUUCCUUAAAGUUACAAUUGUGAGGAGGCUGUCUGAUUUGGUGAAGGAGUAUGACCUCAUUGUGCAUCAGCUGGCCUCCUACCCUGACGUCAACAGCUCUAUCAAAAUGGAAGUGGGCAUUGAAGACUGCCUACAUAUAGAGUUUGAAUAUAAUAAGUCCAAGUAUCACCUCAAAGAUGUAAUUGUGGGUAAAAUCUACUUCUUACUUGUACGGAUUAAAAUCCAACACAUGGAGCUUCAGUUGAUUAAGAAAGAAAUGACGGGAAUUGGGCCGAGCACAACUACUGAGACAGAGACUGUGGCCAAAUAUGAGAUUAUGGAUGGAGCACCAGUGAAAGGUGAAUCCAUUCCUAUUCGCCUUUUCCUGGCUGGUUAUGACCUUACACCCACAAUGAGAGAUGUUAACAAGAAGUUCUCUGUGAGGUACUUUUUGAACUUGGUGCUUGUGGAUGAAGAAGAUAGGAGAUACUUCAAACAGCAGGAAAUAGUUUUGUGGAGGAAGGCACCAGAGAAACUGCGGAAACGGAACUUCCAUCAGCGCUACGAGUCACCUGAGCCUCGGCCGAGUCUCUCUGCUGAGCAGCCGGAAAUGUGAGCGGGUUUUGGAAAGCAACCAUCCAGGGACACGCAUACCUCUCAGUGACCAGUCGCAGGAGAGGAGAACAUCUUCCACCGAACAUACAUGCAGAUUGCUGUUCACAUGGUCACCCCUCACAGCUUAUGGUGAUGAACUGUGCCUGAUUUGGCUCUGUCCUCCCUGCCGUCUACAGCAAGCAAUCUGUUAGUAUACAAGGACACUUUUUUAGAAAGCACUGGAAACAAUGUAAGUAAUCUAGCACAUCUUGAAGGUUGCACGCCUCCCUAGAUGAAGAAAUGUUUUUAAAAGUGCACUCACUGGUAUCCUCUAUGUUCCACAUCAUAGAGCAGAAACACAUAGAACUAAACACAUUUUAAAGAGCUUCUUCAUGCAUGCUAGCUGCUGAAUCUGAGUGCAUAGUAACAGUUAACAAAGGCAAUGGUGUCAGUUUAAAAAGGUCAAGAAAUGUAAUGGCACCCAGGCUACACUGUAUUUGCAAUCCACUUAAUGUUGUAAAACAUUUCUAUUUAACUUAUUUAGCCAUCUUCUCUGUUGUUUGUUUGUUUGUUUCUUAAAUACUCUUUAUGUUAAAUGAAUUCUGUCCUUGAAAUAAAAAAGUAUAUACAUAAAAUAUUUAAA